UUGUCUCAUAAGAAAUGUAUUUUCAAUUCUUCCUCUUCUCGUUAUUCUAUCAAUCACCCCUGCGUCUUCAUCAUUAUUGUCUUUGUCUCCAAAUGACAAAAUUAGAAAAGAUUUAGUCAACCAACUCUGCUCACAACCGACAAUUUCCAAGCAGUUCUGUCUCGCUUGGCUAACCUCUUUCCCAAACACGUUCACCCUUGACAUGCAAGGUCUUGUCAAUAUGGUCUAUCAACAGACGGAACGGUUGGGCUAUAAGAACCUAGAGAUGAUUAAAGGCUUAGAUAGAACCGAGAAUUAUUCGAAGCUCAAGAAGUAUUAUAGGUCUUGCGUGAAAGAAUAUGAAUUAUCCAAUAAGGCGAUCGAGGAAGCUAAAGGGUUUGCAAGCUCUAAGGCGUACCGGUCAGCUUCUGAGGCGGCUGCUAGAGCCUUUGAUAGUAUAUCUAUGUGCGAAGCUUAUCUUGAAGGAAGCAAAACCCCGGGUUAUGUCACGACACGCAACUGGUGGUUUGAAAGAAUGUGUGACAUUGACAAAAUAUUCACCGACCUUUUGAUUUCUGCUAAGUUUUAAUUUACAUGUAUGAUGUGAAAAAACUAUGAAAUGUUAUCAACUUUGGUGUAAUAACUUAAAAUCCAAAUAAAUUAAUAGUCAUAGUUAAAUU